UGGCCAAUGUCUUCCUCUACCUGUGUGCCAUCGUCGUGGGCAUCAUGUCCUACUACAUGGCAGACCGCAAGCACCGCAAGGCCUUCCUGGAGGCCCGCCAGUCGCUGGAGGUGAAGAUGAACUUGGAGGAGCAGAGCCAGCAGCAGGAGAACCUUAUGCUUUCGAUCCUGCCAAAGCAUGUGGCUGACGAGAUGUUGAAGGACAUGAAGAAGGAUGAGAGCCAGAAGGACCAGCAGCAGUUCAACACCAUGUACAUGUACCGGCAUGAGAAUGUCAGCAUCCUGUUUGCAGAUAUUGUGGGCUUUACCCAGUUGUCCUCCGCCUGCAGCGCCCAGGAGCUCGUAAAGCUACUCAAUGAGCUUUUUGCCCGCUUUGACAAGCUGGCGGCUAAAUACCACCAGCUGAGGAUCAAGAUCCUGGGUGACUGUUACUACUGCAUCUGCGGCCUGCCUGACUACCGGGAGGACCAUGCCGUGUGCUCCAUACUCAUGGGGCUUGCCAUGGUGGAGGCCAUCUCGUAUGUGCGGGAGAAGACCAAGACUGGCGUGGACAUGCGUGUGGGGGUGCACACAGGCACUGUGCUAGGCGGUGUCCUAGGCCAGAAGCGUUGGCAGUAUGACGUGUGGUCUACCGAUGUCACUGUGGCUAACAAGAUGGAGGCUGGUGGCAUCCCAGGGCGUGUGCACAUCUCCCAGAGCACCAUGGACUGCCUGAAAGGGGAGUUUGAUGUAGAGCCUGGCGAUGGGGGCAGUCGCUGUGACUGCAUAUGCCUGAAAGGGGAGUUUGAUGUAGAGCCUGGCGAUGGGGGCAGUCGCUGUAACUACCUAGAUGAGAAGGGCAUCGAAACCUACCUCAUCAUUGCCUCCAAGCCAGAGGUGAAGAAAACAGCUCAAAAUGGCCUCAAUGGCUCGGCCCUGCCAAAUGGCGCACCGGCAUCCUCCAAGCCCAGCUCCCCGGCCCUUAUUGAGACCAAGGAGCCCAAUGGGAGCGCCCAUGCCAGUGGGUCCACAUCAGAGGAGGCAGAAGAGCAGGAGGCCCAGGCCGACAACCCCUCGUUCCCCAACCCCCGCCGCAGGCUGCGCCUUCAGGACCUGGCAGACCGUGUAGUAGAUGCCUCUGAGGAUGAGCAUGAACUGAACCAGCUGCUCAACGAGGCCCUGCUGGAGCGGGAAUCUGCCCAGGUGGUGAAGAAGAGAAAUACAUUCCUCCUAACCAUGCGGUUCAUGGACCCAGAGAUGGAAACACGCUACUCGGUGGAGAAGGAGAAGCAGAGUGGGGCGGCCUUCAGCUGCUCCUGUGUGGUCCUCUUCUGCACGGCCAUGGUGGAGAUACUUAUUGACCCCUGGCUGAUGACAAACUACGUGACCUUCGUGGUUGGGGAGGUUCUCCUCUUGAUCCUGACCAUCUGCUCGCUGGCCGCCAUCUUUCCCAGGGCAUUUCCUAAGAAGCUUGUGGCCUUCUCAUCUUGGAUUGACCGAACUCGCUGGGCCAGGAACACCUGGGCCAUGUUAUCCAUCUUCAUUCUGGUUAUGGCCAAUGUUGUGGACAUGCUUAGCUGUCUCCAGUACUACAUGGGACCUUACAAUGUGACAGCCGGGAUGGAGCUGGAUGGCGGCUGUAUGGAGAACCCCAAGUACUACAACUAUGUGGCUGUGCUGUCCCUCAUCGCCACCAUCAUGCUGGUGCAGGUCAGCCACAUGGUGAAGUUGACGCUCAUGCUGCUCGUCACGGGCGCAGUGACUGCCAUCAACCUGUAUGCCUGGAGUCCCGUCUUCGAUGAAUAUGACCACAAGCGCUUUCAGGAACAGGACUCUCCUGUGGUGGCCUUAGAGAAGAUGCAGGUGUUGUCUGCCCCUGGGCUCAAUGGCACUGACAGGCCACCCCUGGUGCCUUCCAAGUACUCGAUGACUGUGAUGAUGUUCGUCAUGAUGCUGAGCUUUUACUAUUUCUCCCGCCACGUGGAAAAACUGGCGCGAACGCUCUUCCUGUGGAAGAUUGAGGUCCAUGACCAGAAAGAACGUGUCUAUGAGAUGCGGCGAUGGAAUGAGGCCUUGGUCACCAACAUGUUGCCUGAGCAUGUUGCACGCCAUUUCCUGGGGUCCAAGAAGAGAGAUGAGGAACUGUACAGUCAGUCUUACGACGAGAUUGGAGUCAUGUUUGCCUCCUUGCCCAACUUUGCUGACUUCUACACUGAGGAGAGCAUCAACAAUGGUGGUAUCGAAUGUCUACGAUUCCUCAAUGAGAUCAUCUCUGACUUUGACUCUCUCCUGGACAAUCCCAAAUUCCGGGUCAUCACCAAGAUCAAAACCAUUGGCAGCACCUAUAUGGCAGCUUCAGGGGUCACCCCAGAUGUCAACACCAAUGGCUUUACAAGCUCCAGCAAGGAGGAGAAGUCAGACAAGGAGCGCUGGCAGCACCUGGCCGACCUGGCCGACUUUGCAUUAGCCAUGAAGGAUACGCUCACCAACAUCAACAACCAGUCAUUCAACAACUUCAUGUUGCGCAUAGGCAUGAACAAAGGCGGGGUUCUGGCUGGAGUCAUUGGAGCCCGAAAACCACACUAUGACAUCUGGGGCAACACAGUCAAUGUGGCCAGCAGGAUGGAAUCCACAGGGGUCAUGGGCAACAUCCAGGUGGUAGAAGAAACGCAGGUCAUCCUUCGAGAGUAUGGCUUCCGCUUUGUGAGGCGAGGCCCCAUCUUUGUGAAAGGGAAAGGGGAGCUCCUGACCUUUUUCUUGAAGGGGCGGGACAGGCCAGCUGCCUUCCCCAAUGGCUCCUCUGUUACCCUGCCCCACCAAGUGGUGGACAACUCCUGAAUGGCCUCUGGGCCUACAAUGGUCCACAUAUCAGAAGGGAGAUUCUUUUGGAAGCAAAGAAAGGCUUUUGGGAAAGGGCAAGUGACCAAGUCCUGGUGUUCCCAAAUUGUUGAAGUUCACAUUCCCAUAGACUUAGGUUUCAGAUUUCCUCCAGCCUUCCUGUGUGGAUGUGAGCUCUGUGGAUGGCUAUUCCUACUCCUUGGUGUGCCUGUAGCGUCCCCAGAGUAGGGUCUUAGGCAUAGUACCAGAACAGCCUUCCCAGAGCCUUUGUUCCACCCGACCCUUCACCCCUAGAGAGGCCGUGGCCACUGUGAGUGGGAUGGCAGCGGAGGGCUCAGGGCAGAGAAAGCUCCCUGCCUGGCUGCAAUCUACAGCAGUGCUUUUCACUGGAGAGGAGAGCCCCACUGGCGGCUGGCUGCCUCCUCCUGUCCAGUUAGGUCAGUGGCCCUUUUCCCGAUGUUCCUGAUAAUCUUGAAAGGUUCUUUUGGAACCCUUGUCACCUUAGUCACGAGAGCAGAAAGUGCAAUAUUUCCU